UAGAACAAUUCACUAGACUCUUUUUGUGUCGUUUUCGUUAUUUUUGUUUUUGGUCCAUUUUUGGUAAAUUAUUUUCGUUAUUUCCGCAAGGAGCCGGAAGCUUCGGCUCUUCUCCGGCAACUUUAUCGCAAUAGCCCCGAAGGUGCUGGAACCAACCCAACAAGCGAUACAAAAGAACUCUUUAUUGCUUCUUCUUUUUCUGCUUUUUCUGUUUCUUUUGCUGUUCGUGCCCGGUUGUGUUAUGUGAAUCAAAGAGCAGGCUUGAAACUUAUAUAUACUGGGUUUUUUCUUACUGUUUUUACUUCCACCAUCAAUCUAGCAAGCAGAAAAUGUUGCCCUUUGCAAUCGAAUAUCCUACACAACCCUUCAAAAGUUACUGGGGCAAGCCAACAUCAUCGAUAGAAUUUUGUGAAGAAAAUAAUGUUAUAUCUCCAUACAUUGCAGAGUUCAUCAACACUCUUACCAAUUCGCUUUAUAUCGCAGUCUCGAUCUACUCCAUGUACUCCACCCACAAGAAUAAGCUAGAAAAGAGGUUCCAGUUGACUUUUUUCCUAUUUUGCGUAGUUGGAAUCGGUUCAUGGUUAUUUCAUAUGACUCUUCUAUAUCACUAUCAAUUAUUGGAUGAAUUACCCAUGGUAUAUGCCACUUGUGUUCCAUUUUGGUCGUUAUAUUCAAGUAACAUGACCCUUCGAAAUAGAAAAUGGUUUGCUGGUACACUUGUUUCAGUAUUGGUUGUGUUGACGCUUAUUUAUAUUGAAUUGAGAAAUUCGAUCUACCAACAAGUCGCUUACGCUUUGCUCAAUGUGUUGGUUGUUUACAAGUCAUAUCAGUUAACCAAAAAAGUCGACCGAUUGAAAUACCAGAAGCAAUGGAACCAUUUGUACAGAUCAAUGAUGAUCGGUGUCUGGACAUUCAACUUGGGGUUUUUGUGCUGGAAUCUUGAUAACAUCUAUUGCGAUUUUUUCAUCGAGCUUCGUAGACAGGUUGGUUUGCCCUAUGGAAUGCUAAUAGAAGGCCAUGGAUGGUGGCACAUUUUCACCGGCAUUGGUGUCUACAACUUUGUUAUCUUCUUGGAGUUUCUCAGAUGCUUUGAGAUAGGCGUCCAGGAUCAGUACGCGUUGAUCUGGCACUGCAAGUGCUUGCCUGAGGUUGUGCUCAAGACCAAUGUGCCCCAGCAAAUGAACAAAAGCAAGAGCUGCUAAGACCCAAAGUCCCAUCAUAGACACUCAUAUAUAUUUCUCUCCUUCUCUUAUCUCUAAUAAAUACGUCCUCGAAAGCAC